CCCUUGAGCUUACACAGAAGAUACGUAUUGAACAAUCGGCAGCAUGCAGCUCGUCUUAGGCCUUUUCGUCUUUGCCAUGACUGCGCUCUAUAGCGUAACGGCAACAGAAUACUGUCAGUGCGAAAACAACGACUAUGCCGACUAUGGUCGUAUAUUCCCCGGCAUCAACCAAGUUUGUUCAACCUUGUCAAAUGACUGGUGCUCCACCAACUGCAAUAUCUUCGGUAAGAACUGUGAUUACUGCCAGUAUACCCCGAAAGGCCAUGGGCCAGACGAAGACUUCCAUCGAUUGCAAUCCUGGUGCUCCCAGCAACAAGGCACGCACAAUGAUCAUACAUACUAUGGCACGCUCUACUGUUACUCUUUCGAAAACAAGGUUGAUUGCAGCUCUUGCGGGGGGUGUGCCUACGCAAACAACGGCUACAAGUUGCGCCGCAACGAGCAAGAGUGUCCUGUAGGCACUGAUCCCGACCAGUGCACUGCCAAGACAGCGCCUGACUCCUUCGUCACCCUCGUCGAAUACAACGCAGAUGGGGAGGUGAUUUCGGAGAGCCAAUGUAGGCCAAUCUUCGGAGAUGCCGCGUCGACGAUCGCCGAUUCUCUCAGCAACUGCACCACGAGUGGAUCAGGUUCAACCAACAUAACAGUGUCCUGUACGAGCUCGCAGGGAGAAUCGGAUGGGAACUCGGAGACUAUGCAGGCCUUUCACACUCUGUGUGACGAUUUCGGUGGCCUGAUCUCCAGUAAAUCCCGAUCCAAGCGGCUUUGAAGCCUGCGUUGAGGAUCAAGUUCAAAUGUGGUCUGCGGAUGAGGAUGAAAAAAAGACUCUAAUUGCUUGAAUCCUGCGCCUCGAGCGUAGGAUGAUGGCUGAGGAGAGGAAAGUCAUCGAACGGUCACUUCAAGGAUGAAUAUGGAACUGAAAGCAGAGCAUUCCUUCUGUCCUGGAAUUAUUUAGUUAGCUGUCUCUAUGCUCUACGCUAUGGCUUUUUCAACAAGAGUCAUAUGCGUCCUAGCGUUAACGUUAUAUCAAUGCUUAUUUUAUUCAGG